CAAAUGUAGUCUGAAAAAUCCAAAAUUAUGGAACAGACAGAAGCUGACCUGAGAAGACAAAAACUAUGCAAUUCGAUCCAACCAUCUAAAUUUGAAAAGGAACUCGAGGUUCUGAAGAAGGCCUUGAAGAAUGAGGAGGAGAAUGAAUCCGUGAUAAAAGAGAUUUUUGACCGUAGGCAAGUUAGCUAUGCUGAAUAUAAGAAAUCUAUGGAUUUACAGCUGAUAAAAAUUGAGCGAAACUUAGUUGAGCUAGAGGAGAUCGUGUCUGAUGAGUCAAGAGUCAAUGAACUGUGCAAAAGACGCAUAGAGAUGGAGAAGAGACUAAAAAAUCUUGAUGUCUUCUGUGCGGCUAUGUAUUCUACUCUCGAAUCGAAGGAGUCUAGUGGUGUCUCCCUUCUCAAAGAAGCUAAGCUUGAUCAUCCUGGUGGACAGAAUGGACAGAAAACACGAAAAAGGCGAGGUUCGAAGAAGUCUCAGUAGUAACCUUUGUGAAGAUCUGAUGGCUGUGAGUGUGCUAGGAACCGUGCAAAUAUCAGAGUUUUGUGUUUUAUUUUACAUUUAGGUUUUUAGUUAUUUCUUAUGUUUCUAAGACAUUGCUAGAUGUUCACAUUAUUCUUAUAACUCUGCCCUUUGGACAUUGUUUAAACUACACUAUGGUUUCAUAUGUUUGUUUUGGACUUUUGGUUA